UGCUACUUGAAAAAAAUCCUGGUAGGAUUGGUACGUACCGUAGAACACAAAUCUCUGAAUAGUAACGGUACGUACUAGUAGAAGUACAUACUGUACAGUACUGUACUUGUUGGCAGCAAACAGUUGUGCUGAGGCACAUAAUUGGUUUUUUUUUAUGCGGCGAACAGCGGAUUGCUGCGAACACAGACGAGCGUGAGAUGCCAUGGAUAGCGCGCAGUUGGCCCAUUAAAGCCUUCCCAACUGCCGAAAGCGUACCAGGUACUGUACAUCUCGUACUGAAACAAUCAGGAGAGGUACGUGAAAUCCCUCGAAUCAUCUGGUAAUCGAAAGGAUAUUUUCUUGAGCUUCCAACAACAGUAGAAGCUAACGAUAGGGGUGCAAGGGGUCCAGUUUUGUCGAUGCGAAAAUCGAAACCUUCUUGUUUCCGACCCAUAGUGCAAUAUUAACUGCAAAGGAGGUCAUUAAGGAAACGAAUAUCCUGGGGUACGAAUUCUCACUUGGACAAAUUGCCUCUCCAUAUAUUUGUAACGAUAUUUCCAUUAUCGGAAUCGUUUUAGCAGCAGACCCGUACCGCGUCAUCGCUGCAAUCUCUGUUUAUCAAAUCUUCGGGUAACCUGUUUAAUCUUCGUCACUUUGCUAGAACACUCGUUGCGUCGUGAGAACAUAAAAGCCACGAAAAAUGUCGUCUAAGAAGUCAUCGAGCAAGUCUUCAAGCAAGUCUUCUAGCAAGUCUUCUUCGCCAAAGGUGUAUUUGACACCCCAGAUUGAAAAGCAGGCGAAACGGCGGGAAAGUCUCUGUCCAUCUCUCUUACUCGAAGACCACGUACGCUUAUCGCAAAGCAAAAAAGGUAACGGCCUUGCCGCCAUAACUAAAUCGUAUCAAACUAACACGAAACUCUUGAAUUCGGAGGUUUCAGAUUUGGAAAAUGACGCACAGGAGCUUCAGUUCAUUGUUGACAGUGUCCAGAAGUAUCUCUCCAAGAUUGUGGAUGAGAAAAAGCAAAAGUCGGACCUAAUAUCGAUGAAGUUCAAGCCGAAAGGUUGUACAUGGGUAUUGGAAAUGAAUCCAGAUGUUGGAGCAACCGAUUACAUGAUUACAGUUGUGUGCUACGCCAAAGGAGAAGGGAAUGGCAUCACCACGUUUGUCGUCGAUACCAAACUCGUAGGAAAACAAAACGAUUCUACUACAUCGACGACUUUGCCCGGGUUUCGAGAGGCCAAGGGCGUGCUCGAAUUUACUGCGUUGAUGGUCAGAAAGGGAGUAGUGAGAUGCGAGUUUCCAGUCUUUCCAGAAGGGCUGAAAGAUAAGUCUUUCCGAGAGAUUUACCAAUUGAAUGCAAGGGUAAGGCAAAAAUCUUUUUUUUAUUGAUUGUUUACAUGCAAACAUGAACGGUGGAAUAAUCUCGGAGUUUUCACAUGUGUUCGUGGUUAUGGAUAGCAUUUUUUGAUUGUGCGCCGUUCUUAUGAAAAUUAUUUCUCCAUUUGAUCUGUAUCGCAACCUUCUCGUUGCCGUUGCAUCGUCGUGUGACGGUACUUCUUCCGACUGUAUCGCAGCUCAAAUCUGGUUCCUUCGCGACGGUUUGCCGAGGAACACAUCGGGCAACUGGGAAAAAGGUGGCGAUAAAAUGUGUGCUUCGAAAGGAUCUCCCUCCGAAUGAUGACGCUGCUAUAUACGAAGAAGUGUCAAUUAUGUCGUCGCUAUCGCAUCCCCAUGUUGUUCCGCUCAUUGAUUUUUUCGAAGAAAAAGAUUGUUACUUUCUUGUUAUGGAGCUCAUGAGCGGUGGUGACCUCUUUGAUCGUAUCGGGAAGAAGAAAUCAUAUUCCGAAGAAGAUGCUAGAGACCUUUCUCUUAAAAUGCUCAAGGCCAUGGCAUAUUGCCACGCGCACAAAGUCGCCCACUGUGAUAUGAAGCCAAAGAAUCUCCUUUUGAUGAGCGAAGACAAUCAUUCUUACAUCAAGGUGGCAGAUUUUGGGUUUGCUGCUCAUUGUCAUACCGAGAAAUGUUUGACGAAACAAUGCGGCACACCAUUUUUUGUUUCUCCAGAAAUUCUCAUGAGACAGUCAUAUGAUCAGCAAACAGAUAUGUGGUCUGUAGGGUGUAUCAUGUUCUUAUUACUCAGCGGGAAUCUCCCCUUUAAUGGUAGAAGUCAAAAGGAAUUGUUUCGAAAAAUCGUAUCGGGCAAAUACGAGUUUAAGGAAGAGGGUUGGGACGGCGUUUCUGAGGAUGCGAAAGACUUAGUGAAGAAAUUGCUAGUUUUAGACCCCGAUGAAAGAAUUACCGCUUCGCAAGCCUUGAGGCAUAGAUGGAUGAAGGCCUCGAGAGACCGAUUGGCUCGCAUUACUCUCCAGGGAACUUCACAGAGGUUGAAGACUUUCAAUGCUCGAAUGAAAUUGCGCUCAGCUAUGAUUGCGGUCGAGUGGGUGGCACAGUUGAAAAAGACUUCAUGGGGUUCAAAGAAAGUUGUUCGGGAUUGAUCAAGUGACAAUCUUAUUCAACUACUUUUGAUAUCUGUAGUCAAAUAGAAAUAUAAAAAUGUG